AUGCCCGACCAGAGCUGCCCCCCUACGAGUGCCGAAGCGGACUGCGCGAUGGACGUCACGAACGAUGUUCCUAUGGCGCCCGCAUCUACCGAGUCUCCUCCCGUGCCCGCGGCCGGCGCUGAAAAGGAUGAGAAUGAACCUAUGAGCGACGUCGAGACCAAGCUCGCGAUGCUCGAGCGCCGCGUCCAGCAGCUCGAGGAGCAGGUGCGUGCCGGCGUGCGUUCCUCGCCGGCGCCACCUACGCCGCUCAAGCGCGAGGCAGCCUUUACGCCGGACGUGUUCAAUCCGUUUUGGGACGAGAUCGUCGAGGGUCCGAGCGUGCCAGGUGCCCAUGCGUUCCCCGAGGCCGUGCUGCACAACAAGAAGCAGACCCCUCCAACCGACGCCGUCGGCCCCUCGUUUGAGGAGCAGUGGUCGCUGGUGCACGCGCCUGGCAUGUCGUCUGUCACGAUGACGCCCGGCUGGAACGACGCGUCUCCGCUGUCGACGUGGCCGGCGCCUCUCUGGACCGUGCCCUCGGACGAUCUGGUGCCGAGCAGCGUGCGCAGGCUGCCUUCCCCCCCACUGCCGCCUACCAAGGAGCUUGUAGCGGACGUGAUGUCGCGCGAUGCUCAGGAUGCAAGCGUCACGCUGCAGCUCCUGCUGAAGAACGGCAGCGAGGGCCAGCGCGCCGAAAUUGUGGACACCAUCAAGCCCCAGCUGAGGAAACUUGCCUCGGACAAGAAUGGGGGCUACCUCGUGCAGCGUGCGCUAACGCUCGACAUGGAGCUUGCGUGGGCGCUGCGUGGCUCGUUUGCGCUGCUGUCUCUGUCGCCGUACGGCGCGCUGGUCGUCCGCCGCGUGCUGGAUGGCGACGAGCCGCUGCGCCUCGCGGUCGUCCAGGACCUGCUGAGCGACCGCCUGUGCCAGACGCUCACGGCGCGCAAUGCGAUCCCAGUCUGGCACAAGGUCCUGCGCCUUGCGUGGCCCGACCAUGUCCUGGACACGCUGCGGACUGCGAUCCACACCAUGUUCCGCGGCCGGUGGGCGGAUCUGGCGACGGACGAGAUCGGGAGCACCCUCUGCCAGAAGCUUAUGGAGUACGGGCACGUCCCUGAGCACGGCGCGUGCGUCACGGAGCUCAUGAACCGCUUUGUGUCGUGCGUGUGCGACCAGUGGGGCGUGUGGGUGAUCCAGUACCUGGUCGAGCACGGAAGCGAGGCGAUGCAACGGCGUGUUGCGUGCAGCGUCUUUAGCCACCUCGGCGCGGUGAGCCUCUCGGUGUAUGGCUCGCGCGCGAUCCAAGCGAUGCUGCGUGCGACGCCCCAGGUGGUUGCCGCCGAGUAUGCCGAGCGCCUGUGCCAGCUGCCGACGGUGCGCAGCCACCUUGGCUCGCUGCGUCCGCUGCUGAUCGACCUCGCGCUCACGCAGCAAGGCUUGCCGAUCAUUGCACAGCUUCUCACGACGGCCGGCCUUCCCCGGCGUACCGAGAUCUUGAACGUGGUGCGCAAGAAUGCGCCCAUCCUCCAAGGCAACAAGAGCGGGAUGCGUGUCGUGCUGCUCUGUGAUCGUGCGCGCGCGUUUACUGGGUAUGAGCGGGCGUAG